AUGGCUGGGGCCAACGGGGUCACAGGAAGAGAGGAGUAUGCGACCAUGGGGUGUGGGGAGCACCCUCCCAGCACGGGGUCCUUGGAGCUGGCUGAGAGGGGCUGCAAGUACUUCCCGAAGAUCCGAGAGGCCUUCAAAGUCUUUGACCGUGACGGCAAUGGCUUCAUCUCCAAGCAGGAGCUGGGCACCGCCAUGCGCUCCCUGGGUUACAUGCCCAAUGAGGUGGAGCUGGAGGUUAUUAUCCAGCGGCUGGACAUGGAUGGUGAUGGCCAAGUGGACUUUGAGGAGUUUGUGACCCUCCUGGGACCCAAGCUCUCCACCUCGGGAAUCCCUGAGAAGUUCCAUGGCACUGACUUUGACACGGUCUUCUGGAAGUGCGACAUGCAGAAGCUGACCGUGGACGAGCUGAAGCGGCUGCUCUAUGACACCUUCUGCGAGCAUCUGUCCAUGAAGGACAUUGAGAACAUCAUCAUGACAGAGGAGGAGAGUCACCUGGGCACGGCUGAGGAGUGCCCCGUGGACGUGGAGACCUGCUCCAACCAGCAGAUCCGCCAGACGUGUGUGCGCAAGAGUCUGAUCUGCGCCUUUGCCAUCGCCUUCAUCAUCAGCGUCAUGCUCAUCGCAGCCAACCAGGUGCUGCGCAGCGGCAUGAAGUAGGCACCGCCUGGGAGCCCAGUCUGGUGCACGCGGUGCAUGGGGCCCCCCCACACCCCCCACCGCCUGCAGUCCUCUCCCUCAGCUGGCUCUCUGGGCCCCUGCCCCGUGUCCUUCCAGGCCUGGAGGCCUGCGACCCCACCCCACCAGCCCCACAGGCCUUGCAUGGAGCUGUGACCGCCUGCGGAGGGCCUGGUGGUGGCUCUGAGGACGGCCCCCAGUCCCGCCUGCACCCUGCCUGUGCCCCACCCUGGCCUGUAUGUAGCACUCACUCUUCCCACUGUCCAGGGGCUCCUGAGAAAUUAAGGGGGGAUUUGUACAGGAACCCCCAGGGUCCAGUCUCUGCUGUGGUACCUCGGGCAGGAGGCUCACCCCGGGGCCCAGGCCACAGAGCUAACCAGACUGGCCCCUGAUGUCUGCCCAGGGCCAUGGCAGGAUAGCGGUGGGUAUGAGGGUGGGGUCUCCUGGCCCCUCCCUCCGACCCUCAGACCUAAAUCCGGCCCUUUGUUUCACUCGCCCACAGAGGCCAGUCAGCCCACCACACUGAUGAGGCGGCUGAGGCUCAGAAGACCCCAGGUUUGGCCUCAGCUCCCCCAUCAACAGAUUUU